AUGUUGUUUGCAGUCCACGCUACUCAACCAAAAUUGUCUGACUGUCGGUCUAAGUCACAACGACAAGCAUGGUUCCCCCCCCGCCCAUCCAUGCCAAAGACCCGAAUAAUAUACCAACUACGUCACAGAGUCAGGUGCUUCGCACCCGCCAGUGAAACAAAUACCACCCAAGAUCGAGCAAUCUUCAAGUGUUACCUCUGUAUGACAGCAAACUGCGAGCUCGAACGAUGCAUCGGGGGGAGGGUUAACUUGGGGAGAGUACAUGUUCUGUUCAUAGUCGGAUCACCACUAAUUAAGAUACCGCUGCCGCAUCGAAUAAGUCUAUGUUCAAAUGAGAGAGAUAUUAGUGAUAUUGCAAACUCGUCUGUUGAUUCCUGCCCCCGAUUUGCUGCUGAAGCUCUCAGACACCAUGCCCUACCCUCACAGCUGCCCCGGGGCUUAUACGAAUAA